AAUUGUCAAUCUUCGUUCUCUCUCUCACUGUCAUUCAUUUUCCUCCUUUUAUUUAAACACAUAAACACAUAUAGAUAAAGUCUCCCAAGCCCCCUUUCCUAUCCGUUAAACCAAUCAUUUUCUCCUUCUCCUUCUCCUUCUCCUUCUUCAUUUAGCUUCUCAAAUUCUGAGUUGUGUGCGUAACAUAUAUAAGUAGCUUGUAAGACAGUGUGUGAGCAAGCAGAGAUCAGAACAGAGGCUUUGAAAAAUGGAUUCAGAAAAAGAGUACGAAAGAGAGUUGCAGGAAACAGCGACGUGGGCAGUGGCGGUGGUGUGCUUUGUGUUGCUGGCUAUUUCAAUCUUAAUCGAACAUAUCAUUCACGCUAUUGGAAAAUGGUUAGAGAAGAAGAACAAGCAUGCUCUUUAUGAAGCCCUUGAAAAGGUCAAAGAAGAGCUGAUGUUGCUGGGAUUCAUAUCGUUUUUGCUAACGGUGCUGCAAUAUCCCAUUUCGGGUCGUAUGUGCAUUUCAAGAGAAGUAGCCGACACGUGGAGGCCUUGUGCCGGCUCUUCUUAUGACAGCAAGGGCAAAUAUGUCAAAUCACUCAAAUUCUCCUCCGAUUCCACCCCUCGCCGUUCCCUCGCCGCUAAGGGUCCAAACGAAUGCGGAAAGGGUAGAGUUGGAUUUGUGUCUGCAUACGCCAUCCAUCAGCUACACAUUUUCAUAUUUGUGCUCGCAAUAUUUCACAUUCUUCAGUGCAUUAUUACCUUGGCUUUUGGCAGAUACAAGAUGAGAACUUGGAAGAAGUGGGAGGAUGAGACCAAAUCUUCUGAUUAUCAAUUCCAUAAUGAUCCAGAGAGGUUCAGGUUUACUAGAGACACAACAUUUGGACGAAGGCAUUUGAACAUAUGGAGUCAAUCAUCAAUUUCCUUAUGGAUUGUAAGCUUCUUCAGGCAGUUCUAUGGAUCCGUGACCAAGGUUGAUUACAUGGCACUUAGGCACGGUUUUAUCAUGGCACAUUUGGCUCCGGGAAGUGAAGUAAGGUUCGAUUUCCAGAAAUACAUCCAAAGGUCACUUGACGAAGACUUUAAGGUUGUCGUUGGAAUAAGCCCAACCUUAUGGAUCUUUGCAGUCUUGGUCUUGUUGACAAACACUUACGGAUGGUACCCUUAUUAUUGGAUUCCGUUCAUCCCAUUAAUCAUAAUUUUAGUGGUGGGUGCAAAGCUGCAAACGAUAAUCACACAGAUGGGUCUGAGGAUUGCAGAGAGAGGUGAUGUGGUGAAGGGGGCACCGGUGGUGGAGCCCGGCGACGAACUCUUCUGGUUCAAUCGCCCUCGCUUCCUCCUCAAUCUCAUGCAUUUCGUUCUCUUCCAGAAUGCAUUUCAACUCGCGUUUUUUGCUUACACUACAUAUGCAUUCGGCAUAAGGUCUUGCUUCCACAGAGAAAUUCAAAAUAUUGUGAUUAGGCUUGCAACAGGGGUCAUCAUACAAGUUCUUUGCAGCUACGUGACUUUGCCUCUUUAUGCUCUCGUCACCCAAAUGGGAUCAACGAUGAAACCCACAAUCUUCAACGGGAGAGUAGCAGCAGCACUGAAGAGCUGGUACCACUCAGCAAGAAGACAGGUGAAAGACUACAACAAGAACUCGGAAACAAACACGCCCUUAUCAAGUGCCCCGGCCACGCCCACCCACAGGAUGUCACCAGUUCAUCUUCUUCACAAGCACACGGGAGGACACAGUGACGCUGUCCCUACGUCUCCUACAGGAUUCUUACCCUCCAACUACGACCAUGAACAACGUUGGGACGUCGAAGAAGGUGCACCCUACCAUACAGUGGAUGGACGUGAGAUCCAGAUGAUUCCUACCUCCACGGAAUUGCCUCCAGCUGUGCCUGAUCCUAUAAGGACCCAACAUGAGAUUCAGCAUAGUACUGAAUUCUCGUUCAAGAACUCUCACAGGGCUAAAGAUCAAUUUCAUCAUCAGCAUCAUGGAUCUUAUUAGAUGACUUCAUUAUUACUGGGUUUCGUGCACUCACACACACGCUCACACAUAUAUAAUCAUCAAAGCCAAACAAAUAUGAUGUAUGCUCCAAGAAUGGGCUGUUAUAGCCUGUUACUUUCAUUUUUACUCCUUUUUUUAAAAACAAAUUGAUGCGUUAUGAUUUUGUACAACUUUUGUUUUUUGGCACGAGGAAAUGAAAGGGUAAAACAAAAAAAAGU